AGGACCGUCCAACUUGCAGCUGUCCCCAAACCCCCGAAGAACGACACGGCGACGGCGGUGCACCGGCGGAUCCCGUCGGCCGUGCUGUUCGGCGGCACGUGCGGCGGCACCGUCAUCAGCGAGCGCUGGGUGCUCACCGCGGCGCACUGCACAAUCUUCUCAGGGGCGGACUACGUGGUGGCGGGCACGGGCCACACCGACGACGACAGUGGCGUGCAGAGAUCCGUGAAGCGGCUCGUGGUGCACCCGCGCUUCACCGUCGGCCCUUAUUGGCUGAGAGCUGAGGACUUCAACAUCACCCAGGUGGGCGCACACUGGGACUUCCUGCUGGCCGAGCUGGAGGAGCCACUGCCGCUAGACGGAGUGAACAUCUCGGCCGUGCUGCUCGACGACGAGGGCUAUCUGCACCACGGCACGCUAGUGGCCUACGCGGGCUACGGAGCAGCGCGGCAUGGCGAGACGAUGCGCGAAGAGAUGCAUCUCAUGGAGCUAGAGACGAUAGACAACGAUGCUUGCGCUAGCAUGGAGCAGUUCAGCCCUGAAGAUAUGUUUUGCGCCAAGGGCCGUCCGCCCAGGUUCGACUCCGCGUGCAAUGGUGAUAGCGGUAGUGGCCUGGUGACGGAGGGCGAAGGUCCGCGGAGGCUGGUGGGCGUGGCGUCGUGGGUACAGGAUGACGCGCGCGAGUGCGCCCCUGGCAAGCUCGUCGUGUUCUCGCGCGUGUCUGCCGUGCGGGACUGGAUCAAACAGGUCACUGGCAUUUAGAACACAACUCCAGCAGCAGCGGGCUGCCGAUGGACGGC